AUGGAGCUCGGGCUAACAACCAGCGAUGUCAAGCUCAUCACCAUCAUCCAGCAAGUAUGCUCCGUGCUAUCGCUGGUAGGAUGUCUCUUUAUUAUUACAACCUUUUGUCUCUGCGAUGCCUUCCACAAACCCAUCAAUCGACUUGUAUUUUACGCGUCGUUUGGGAAUAUCAUGGCGAGUAUUUGCUUCAUCAUGGCUGAUUCGUUUAUUGACUCACCUGAUGGAGCUGGAUGUCAGAUACAAGCCUUCUUACUCCACACCUUUGUUGGGGCUGAUGCGUUGUGGACCCUUGCAAUGGCGAUUAAUGUUUACCUCGCGUUCUAUUAUCGCUUCGAUGCGCAGCGACUGCGGAAGAUGGAGCUUCCGUACUUACUACUCUGCUACGGUAUCCCAUUUCUACCUGCAUUUAUCUUCAUCUUCAUUAAGAAUGGCGACGGUGUUCGUGUUUAUGGCAGCGCUGUUCAAUGGUGCUGGAUCACCUCAUCAUGGGAUACUCUACGCAUCGCAACAUUCUACGGGCCAAUCUGGGUCAUCAUCGCCAUCACCCUCGCAAUCUACAUCCGAUCCGGCGGCACCAUCUACCGAAAGCGCCAACAACUUCUCAAAGCCCAAGGCUCAGGCUCAGGUGGUCUAUCAUACGCCAACCAAAGCACCGUCAACAACAUCAAGACCACCGAAGUGACCAUCACCUCCGAAGCAGCGACCCAACCAGACGAGAUCCAAUUGCAAAACAUGGGUCAUCAAGUUAUCGUCCACGCUAUUGGCGAACACGCUGAGCCCCAGCCACCUCAGCCCAUCGCUCGUGUAACCAGCACCAUGCCCCAACCUGUCCAACGCCCGCAGGCCCGCCCAGGUAACGAUGUAUACCGUGCAGCAUGGGCUUACACAAAAGUCGCUAUGCUGUUCUUCGCUGUCAUUCUCAUUACGUGGAUUCCGUCUAGCGCUAAUAGGAUGUAUUCGCAUAUUCAUCCGUCACAAGUCAGCAAACCGUUGCAAUUCAUGAGUGCGACAGUUCUUCCGCUUCAAGGAUUCUGGAAUGCGGUCAUUUAUGCUGUUACGUCUUGGGCCGCGUGCAAAGCGUUGCUGGAAGAGAGAGGACUUUGGGGUUCGAGAACGAGAUUGAAUGAGCCGGCUCGUUGGGAGGCUGAUGAGGAGCGUGGAAGGCGUAGGAGUAAACUCAAGACGAUGUUGAAUUCGAGGACGGAAGAUUCAGAUAGUCUGAGGGAGUUGGCUAAUCCGAAUAAGUCUGAUGAUGGGCGAAGCGUAUGA